AUGUCAUAAUAAAACCAUUAAGAUAACGAAGAAGAUAAUUUCUCCACUACUAUCAUAAUUAAAAGUUAGUUGAGGACGGGCAAGAAAAAACUAGAUUAACAAUAAAGACAAAAAGCGAAAAAAUAAAUAAAGGAACCUGCAAUAAUUCCUCAUUUUUCUUAAUCUGAUUCUAGAGAAGAAGAAACUACUUAGAAAAUUGAAACAAAUGAAAGUUAAGACAUUUACAAUACAUCUAACUUCUUCAACAAUACUCUUUCGUAUCUUAGAUCAAGAGAAAAAGAAUAGGCCCUAGAUAUAACACUUGACGAAAAUAUAGUUGUGAAAGGACAUAGAAAUAAUAUUGAUAGGAGCUCCAAAUAAAAUUUAAACGGUAAAAAUAAUUUAGAUGAAACCAAUACGCAAACAAACAUCACUAUUGAAAGAGAUAAUCAGUUCAGAAACUAUCUUGAGGACAAGACUAUUUAUACUUCUGACUCAAAAUAUAGCAAUUAAUAGUUUUUACAAGUAGAUAACUAGAAGCAAAGAAUAUAAAUCUAACCAUUAGGAGAAAAUUUUAGAGAAGGGACUGAGGAAUUCUAAAUAUAAUAAAAUUAAAUCAAAAGCACAAGCAAGGGAACAGUCGACUUAAUAAUGAGCAUUUCAAAGCACAACAGUGAGUAAAAGAAGCAUAUCCAAUAAAAUCAUGAAGAUUUGAUUAAUGCUAAAAAUGAAUUAAGAUCUUUGUAAACAAUGAAAACUGGGAACAGAAGAAAAGACAGCUAGAAAAAACUCUAAUAAGCUCAAGAUAAAAAAGCUGCAGAUCGAAGACAAUAGGACAAUAUUUUAUCUAGAAUGAACAGCAAUAUCAUGACUUCGAAAUUAUUUAAUCCAAUCAAUCUUAGAGAUAUAGAUGGUCUUGAUUCCCCUCUAGAGUCUGAAUCUGGCUUUUAAUUCUUCAGUGAUUAAGAAGAAAAUGAGAUUACUGAAUAAAAAGCAAAAAUUGACAAUUCAAAAAGAAGGCAAUCAAGAAAGAAAAAAGAGGAUGAAGGAUUAUUCUAAUCAGAUAUAUUCACUCAAGACAAUUAGUUAAAAAGAAUCUAUCGUAAGCAUCCUAGGAAAAAAUGGAUAAUAUAUCCUGAUGGAUCAUUCAAAUCUAGAUGGGAUGCUCUAAUUACACUUCCUUAUGCGAUUGCAUUUCUAGACUAGCCAACUGAAGAUUGGCUUAUUAUUAAUACGAUUGUUGACUGCAUAUUUCUUGUAGACAUAGUAGUGAAUUUCUACUCAGCAUAUAUGGACAAAGAAUAUGAAAUGAUAGAUGAUCGCAAAGUUAUAGUCAAAUCUUAUUUAUACUCAUGGUUUAUUGUUGAUCUUCUGUCAAUUAUACCUUUCGACCAGAUAUUUGCCUCAGCAAGUUACAAUAGAUUGGCAAGAGUAGUGAGAAUAGGUAAAAUAUACAAGAUUAUCAAAAUGACAAGACUUGUAAGAAUGCUCAAAAUAGUUAAAGAAAGAAGUAAAUUCGUUAAAUAUCUGAAUGAAGUAUUAAAAAUUGGCAUUGGAUUUGAGAGAUUGCUCUUCAUGAUCUUGAUAUUUUUAGUUCUCUGUCAUAUUACUGCUUGCUUGUGGAUAUUUACUGCUAGAUUUGAUGAAGGUUCUAAAAUUAAUUGGAUUUUCUAAAAUGAGUUUUAAGACUACGAUGAUGGCACACUUUAUCUAACAUCUUUUUACUAUACAGUGACAACAAUUGUAACUGUAGGCUAUGGAGACAUUCAUGCUUACAGCUCUGGAGAGAAAUUUAUGUCCAUUAUUUUGAUGAUCAUAGGAGUAAUUGCUUUUUCCUUCGCAACUGGUUCGCUCUCUAGUAUCAUCUCCAACUAUGAUGCAUCUUAAGCUUAGUUGAAGGAGAAGAUGGCAACUCUAAAUGAUAUAAAAUCUAAGUACAACAUAAAUGCAGAUUUAUUCGAUGACUUGAGGAAGACAAUCAAAUAUGACCACAGCAAGAAUUAUCAUGAUGUGAUUAAAUUUAUGGAGGAACUACCGUUUAAGCUUAAGAUUGACCUAGCUUUGGAAAUUCAUAAAAAUAUAUACAGAGAAAUCGAGUUUUUCAAGAAACAGGAUAAGAACUUCAUAGUGUGGGUAUGUCCACUACUCAGACCAUACCUAGUAACAGAAUAAGAUUAUAUCUUUAAAGAAGGAGACGAUAUUAAAGAAAUCUAUUUCCUUGAGAAAGGAGUUGCAGGCUAUGUUAUACCUAGAUUUAAUAAUAUAGUUUACAUACAAAUUGAGAAGGGAGACCAUUUUGGCCAUAUAGAUCUUGUAUAUGAUUAAGAUAUUUUAAAUCAGCAAACAAACAUCAAGAAAAAAGCCUAAAAGAAUAAAGACUUAGUCAGAAGAUUUACGAUACAAGCGAUCAUUAACUGUGAACUUCAGAUUUUAUCGCUAGAAAAUAUUGAUAAAAUGAAGGUUGAGUUUUCAGAAGUGUUUGAUCAUCUCUUCAGUGGCAGCAGGUAGAGACUUCAAAAAAUAUUGAAACUUAAAAUUGAUGCAAUGCAACAAUGCGAGAAUAGCUUUUAAGUUAGUAAUGCGAGUUCUAAUUUGUAGAGUGGAAUCCUUAAUAGAUUGAAGAAUGCUCUAUAGAAAGCUAAUGGAAUGAAUAGUUAGUACAUUCAAGAGUACAAGAAUAAAAAUAUGAAGAAGAUGCUUACUAUAUCUGAUGUAAAUAAGGUCGCAAAUUAUGCAAAAAAUAGAGCUUCACUCAAGUAAAUUGACGAAGAGCUAGAAAGUUUGAAUGAAUCGGGAAUUAGUGAAUCAGGAGAUCCUAAUUCAUUAAAAUCAAAGGAAAUAGCGGAUGAUAGUUGCUAUGAUUCGCAAGAAAGCUCUGAAGAGCUAGAUGAUGUUGCAAUGUACGAUAAAAUAUCAAAGGCAAAUAAGACAAAACAGCAAGCUUUCAGACUAUAAGGAAGAAGUGGUAGCAAUAUUUAGGAGGAGGCUAAAGCUGAAGAAUAAGAGAAAGAAACGGAUGUAAAAAAUAUUAGUGAGAAAGAAUUCAUCUUAAAGUUUAGAAGGAAAUUCGGCUAUAUAUUCAAGAAGGAGUAUUAAAAGUAGAUGGUUGAAGAAAUUGAUAUGUAAUCAUAAUAAAGCAUUUAGCAACUGAACACAAGAGUAGAUAGUUUAGAAUCUAUGAUGUAAAAGCUUAUUCUUACUGUCUCAGAUAUUGGACAGGAUGUGAAAUCUAUCAAGGAUACUUAAAUCAAACUUAUUACUCCAAGAUGA